AAAACCAGCUGUGAAGUUUGUGAUUCUCUCUCAUGUUCUCUCCUCUCCUACUCACUCCCCUUCCCUUGAAUUUUCUUUCUCGCUCUUCGCCAAGAUCUGGUUCUCGCUCUCCUUCCUCACACACACAGCACACACUACAAAACAAAUUCAGCUGAGACUUCACUUGACUUUCUCGCGAAGACAAGAGUUUUGAUUGUUUGAGAUCUCUUCCGUUCCAAUCAGAUUAGUUCAAUCGGGGAAUGAUAAAUGGGCAGAAAAGGAAAUUGGUUGUCUUCAGUUAAGAAGGCUUUCAGCCCAAAUUCUAAGAAAUCAAAGAGAGCCCAAAAAUCGAACAAUGUAUCGUUCGAGAAUGAGAAGCCAAUAGUUGCUGCUGACUCUCCUAAGCCGGAGACUACUGAAGAAUCUCAUCCUCACCCUCUUCCGCCAUUGGAAGAUGCUAAGUUUGAGGAGGUGGAAGAUGAGCAGACGAGACAUGCUUACUCUGUUGCAGUUGCUUCGGCUGCAGCUGCUGAAGCUGCAGUAGCAGCAGCGCAGGCUGCGGCUGAGGUGGUACGGCUGACCACUGUGUCUCAGUUUGCUGGAAAAUCUGCUGAGGAAGUGGCAGCUAUUAAAAUCCAGACUGCUUUCCGUGGCUACCAGGCAAGGAGGGCAUUGCGGGCUCUAAGAGGGCUGGUCAGGCUGAAAUCACUCGUUGAUGGGCCCACUGUCAAACGCCAAACUGGAAAUACUCUAAAAUGCAUGCAGACUUUAUCUCGCGUGCAGUCUCAGAUUCAAUCCAUAAGACUGAGGAUGUUGGAGGAGAACCGGGCACUCCAGAGACAGCUCCUGCAGAAACGUGCAAAAGAACUCGAGAGUUUGAGGAUGGGAGAGGAGUGGGAUGAUAGUCUACAGUCAAAGGAACAGAUUGAGGCAAACAUGCUGCACAAAUACGAAGCUGCAAUGAGGCGAGAAAGAGCCUUAGCUUAUUCAUACACUCAUCAGCAAACGUGGAAGAAAUCGGCAAGGUCUCCCAACUUGCUGUUCAUGGACCCCACUAAUCCUCACUGGGGUUGGAGCUGGUUAGAGCGAUGGAUGGCUGCACGGCCAUGGGAGACUCCGAGCACAGCAGAUAAAGAACUGAACAACGACCGUUCAUCAAUCAAGAGCGGUGGAAAUGGGACUGUUGGAGAAGUCACAAAGUCUUUUGCUCGUCAUCAACUCAACUCCGAGGUAUCACCAUCCUCACCAGCCAGCCAAAAACCUCCCAGCCACCCGUCCCCGGCAACCCCCCUAUCGAAGGCUGUAUCUUCGUCUAUGGCUUCCCGGAAACUGAAACCGGCGAGCCCAAGAGGCAGCGGGGUGAGUCAAGAAGAAGACUCGAGGAGCAUAUUCAGCAUACAGUCAGAACGGAAUAAUAGGAGGCACAGCAUUGCUGGUUCUUCAGUUAGAGACGACGAGAGCUUGGCUAGCUCUUCGUCCGUGCCAAGCUACAUGGUGAUGACACAGUCAGCAAAGGCCAAGUCGAGAUUGCCAAGCCCGUUAGGGUUGGAGAAUGGCACCGCUACACCGGAGAAAGGAUCAGUCAAGAAACGUCUCUCAUUUCCGGCUUCGCCGGCCAGACCAAGGCGACACUCUGGACCCCCAAGGGUCGAAACUAUCUCCGUUGCCGCCGACAAUGGCACAAAUGGGGAGCUCAGCUGAUGAAGAAAGCAGUAAGAGCAUGUUCUAUUUGGGUAGUUUUUACUCCUAAAACUGUUAUUCUUUAAAUUGGGGCUUGGUUUGAGGUUUUUUUUUCUGAGUCUUGAGUGAUUUUAUUUCAUUUUUUCCUAUAUAUUUGCAUUUGUUAUUUUUUCGCAGUGUUGUUGAGGUUUGCCACACUUGAUAACUCUUUUAGGAAAUGGAACUUAUUUACUGUUGCUUUGAGUGUA